GCCGCGCAUGCGCGCGAGGCCACCGCGCCAUAGCAACCGGAGCGUUAACGGUAGCAACCGCAAUGGCAAAAGCAACAACUAUCAAAGAAGCUCUAGCCAAAUGGGAAGAAAAGACAGGACAGAAGGCUUCAGAGGCAAAGGAGGUGAAACUCUAUGGACAGAUUCCUCCUGUGGAGAGGAUGGAUGAAUCUCUCUCCACACUGGUUAACUGCGAGAAGCUGUCACUGUCCACAAACUGCAUUGAAAGAAUUGCCAACUUGAACAGCCUCAAAAAUUUGAGAAUUCUGUCUUUGGGGAGAAAUAACAUAAAGAACUUGAAUGGAUUGGAGGCAGUUGCAGACACUUUGGAGGAGCUGUGGAUCUCAUACAACUUCAUUGAGAAGCUAAGGGGGAUCCGUGUAAUGAAGAAGCUGAAGGUUCUCUAUAUGUCAAAUAAUUUGGUGAAAGACUGGGCAGAGUUUGUGAGACUGGCAGAGUUGCCAUUGCUAGAGGAUCUGGUGUUUGUAGGCAAUCCACUACAAGAGAAAUACGCCUCCGAUCAGAAGAACAGUUGGAUUGAAGAAGCAACCAAACGAGUGCCCAAGUUGAAAAAGCUAGAUGGUAUCCUAGUUAUUAAACAAGAAGAUGAGGAAGAAGGAGGAAACUGAUAAAGCUUUCAUGUUGAGUAUUUAA